GAAAUUACGUUAUUCAACCCAAUACGGCCAAUGCUUGCUAAGCGACUAGACAUUCAUGAAAUUCCAAAGGCUUUGGGUGGCAAGACAUUUUGGAUGGAGGAAAAAUUAGAUGGGGAGCGAAUACAAUUACAUAAGGCGGGCGAUAAGUUUGCAUACUAUUCUAGACGAGCGAUAGACUACACACAUUUGUACGGGGAGUCAAAGGAUGAAGGCUCUCUUACUCCAUACAUAUACAAUCUCUUUAAUUAUACGGACAGUUGUAUUUUAGAUGGCGAAAUGUUGGCCUAUAAUCCGAUAUACGAUGCAUUUAUGCAAUUUGGAACCCUCAAAACGGCAGCAAGUGACAUGUUCGAUGAUCCUGAAAAACCUCGUCCAUGCUUUGUUGUAUUUGACGUAAUCAUGCUCAAUAACAAGCCGCUAAACAAGCAGAAAUAUUCGAAACGUCGCGAAAUACUAACUAGGAUGAUUAACCCUGUGCGUGGUCAUCUGGAGCUAAUGUCUCACAAAGAAGGGAACGAUAAGAAAGAUUUGUAUAAAGCGUUGGAAUCUGCGAUUCAAGAGGG